CUUCCCUCCCUCCAUGUCACGUUCGAAACCAGCUCAUUUCUUGCUCUCAAUGUUCGAGAAAGGGAACCGAAUCACUCUAACCCAUAAAGAAAUCAUCCCAAACCCAUCCCAAUAACCCUAAUAUAAGUAGCAAAAAAAUCCCCCUCUCCUAAAGCUAACCUAACACUACUAUACUUCUAUAGACUUAUCAAAGUUCUAUAUAGUUUCUUCUUCACCUAUAUAUUGUUGAAGUAUAUAAGGAGAAAUCCCUACUAAAAGCUCCCAAAAAUAGUGUUUACUUGAAGGAAUAUAUGAUCAUCAUGAAUUGUCGAAGGAGUAAUUUUGCCCGUACUUGGCGGUGGUCGAAGGCGGUGUUUCGAGUAACCUUGGUGUUAGGAUUACUUUGGUUGUUUUGUGUGGGGGUUUUACAAAAUGAAGCAGCAGCAAAAUUAAAUGCUCCAGCGGAUGAAGGAGGAAGUAGUAGGAAGCAUAUGAUGAAAAUGGUUGAGAAGAGGCAUCUGAUGAAUGCUCACAGAGAUGUUCAAGUUAACUUCGUUAGCAAAAGAAGAGUUCCAAAUGGACCAGACCCUAUCCAUAACAGAAGAGCGGGCAAUUCCCAUCGACCACCAGGUAGGGCAUAGGAGACUUGCAUGGUAGCUGGAAUUGAAGAGAAAGCAGUUUGAUGCGAUUAACCACGCAUCGAUCAUUUACUAAUGUUGUAUGUACGUUUUGGCAAUGUGACAAUUGAUAAUGUCUCGUUGACAUCAAUUCGGAAAAUCCCAGAUUGUUUAGAUUGCUAACUAACUUGAAUUUUCAUAGGUUCUUUGGGAUUUAAUUAACUUUGGGAAGAAAAUUUUGUGAAAUAUAUCGGACAAGCUAGCUAGGUAGCCAUGUUGAAAAAGUAUCUAGGUUUAUUUUCCCCCGUGUACGUAGUUGUGUACGAGUUCUAUUUUUAGACCCCCUUUAACAGAUGUGGUCUUGAGUAAUUGAGUUGAUUAUUUGAUCAAGAGGAAGUUUUGGAUAUGGAGAAGUUUCAUUUAUUAUUAUUAUUAAAAAAAAGAAAGGUUUCAGCUGCCAUGCAUGCAUGCACAUUUGGACGAAUCUGUCUCUAUGCAUAAGGUCUAAUCAACAAGGAUUUGUUCUCUGAAUUUAUUC